GAGGCGCCGGGGGGCGGCGCCUGGGCCGUCCCCUACUCUUUGCAGGUGACGUUGACGCUCGUGUGCCUGGCCGGGCUGCUCAUGCUGCUCACCGUGUUCGGCAACGUGCUGGUCAUCAUCGCCGUGUUCACCAGCCGCGCGCUCAAGGCGCCCCAGAACCUCUUCCUGGUGUCGCUGGCCUCGGCCGACAUUCUGGUGGCCACGCUCGUCAUCCCCUUCUCGCUGGCCAACGAGGUCAUGGGCUACUGGUACUUCGGCAAGGUGUGGUGCGAGAUCUACCUGGCGCUCGACGUGCUCUUCUGCACCUCGUCCAUCGUGCACCUGUGCGCCAUCAGCCUGGACCGCUACUGGUCCAUCACGCAGGCCAUCGAGUACAACCUGAAGCGCACGCCGCGCCGCAUCAAGGCCAUCAUCGUCACCGUGUGGGUCAUCUCGGCCGUCAUCUCCUUCCCGCCGCUCAUCUCCAUCGAGAAGAAGGGCGGCGGCGGCCAGCAGCAGGACGAGCCGCGCUGCGAGAUCAACGACCAGAAGUGGUACGUCAUCGCGUCGUGCAUCGGCUCCUUCUUCGCGCCCUGCCUCAUCAUGAUCCUGGUCUACGUGCGCAUCUACCAGAUCAGUGCUGACUGUGGGGAAAUCGUCGAGCUGCUGUUUUUAGACACAGAGAAGUGUAAAUUAUGUGGAAGAGGCAAACCUGAUACAAUUUGCCCAAGGGGAGCUGAAGAUCCUCACUGUACGGUGGUGGUUAUAGCACUUGGAAGUGGGAAGGGCCCUUAG